AUGACUAAUGUAAUUAUUCUCUCAUCACUGCAGGUACUACAAAGUGAUCAUGUUGAGGGAUACAGACUUAGGGUUGAGAGACUACCAAAUGUCUGUAACAUUAAUGAAUAUACCUAUGGCUUGAAUACAACUGAAUUUGAACUCAGCCUUUCCAUGGCAACUUACAAAAUUUCUAUAAAUGCUUUUAAUAAAGCUGGAAACUCUCCAUCAGUAAGCUCAUUGGUCCCUUAUUCGUCUAGUCAAGAUUUUCCUGGCAAGAUUCAUGCCACAGUGCAAAAUAAUAGCAUUGUCCUUACAUGGAAUCCAAUAAGAAAUUGCCCUUUUUUUAUUAUUAACUGGGGCACUAACACAACACAGAUGAAAACUGAUUCCUCUGUAGUGGGAAAUAUUGGAACCUAUUCACUUCCAGGGCCAUUUGAAGCCAUGAAACAAUAUUCCAUAAUCAUCUAUGAAUAUGAAACAUGUGAAUGUACAAAAAAUAUAUCUAUGGAAACCACCUAUGGAAUCACUUAUAUUUAUGCAGAAGAAGGAGUUCCCAAAACAGCACCAGCUAACAUUACUAUUAGCAAUGUCACCAAGCAUUCUGCUGUACUGCAAUGGAAAGAAAUUCCAGAAAUGGACUGCAUGGGUUUUCUGUUGGGCUAUAAAAUAUACUUCACGGACCGCAGAAGGAAUAUAACUCAAGAUGUUAUCAUAAAUUCUUCAACUAUAACAAGUUAUCUACUGAAGGAAAUCACAGAAGGAAAUACAUAUGAAGUAAAGAUAUCAGGAUAUACAAGCAAAGGAGAAGGAGUUCCAAGUGUUUCAUAUACCUUUACAACGCCGAACUAUGCCCAAUAUGAAUUUGAAACUAUUGUGAUCUCUACAUGCAUUGGCAUAGUAUUUGUAGUAAUUCUAGCCGUCACUUUGUGUGUAUAUAUUUUUCACAGAGCGAGGGAGUACUAUUUUCCAAAAAUUCCUAACCCAAAGUACAGCAACAUUGUUAAGAUACAUGAAGAAAUGACUGGAAAGAAUGAACUUAUGCCUACACUUUUAUUAGUAUCCAAAGAAGACUUCAGUGGUGAUACAUCUCACUUGGAAGUUACUGAAGAGGUACAGAGCGUGUACGUCCCAUUAGCUGAAUCUAGUGAAGUUAGUGAAGACGAUAUAUCUCUGAUCAAGAAAUCAAACACCACAAAUGUUGUGGAUCCUUGUGGAAAUCAAGAGUCCAAAGUACAAAAUGCAAUGGUGAUAAUUGAUUACAGUAAUAUGAACUUUAUGCAGAAUAUGAUGAAAAAUAUGCUGCAACCAUCCAGUCAUGGGGAACAAAGGAAUAAUGACGUUCAGUGCAAUCCUCCAUGCACAAUGGCUUUACAUGAUUAUAUUAAAGACAAUGUGAUUUUAAAUAAAUAGCCAGUAUAAGCAAAA